AUGGUGGCGCACAUUUCUCGAAAACGUGAUCGUUCUGGUGGCCAGAGGCAAAGACUGCGACGCAUGGUGCAGGAAGAACAGCUGAACUGCCAGAGCGUUCUCUGUACUUGGUUGUUGUCAAUGUUUGCAUGGGGACACUUUAGCGUGCAACGAGUACAAAAGAUCAGUGCUUUGGUUAUGAAAGAUUUGAAGAGUGCUGAGACUUCUGAAACAAUCUGGAAUGACUUGGAGACAUUAUCCAAGUUAGGAACUGAAGGUCUGUACGCGAACAAGAUGCACACGGAGCUCAUGGGCAAAUGCAAAGGCUUGUCUAACCUACCGGAGCCUUACCCAGUGGAUAUCCAAUAUGCUCCGCCUUUGGGCAUGCAGAAACAGGAUGUUUUUCUUCCUCAUGAAGUCUUCAGCGCAAUUUAUCACAAGUAUCCACAAACUUGGCAAAAAACGAUGGUACCGUCGCAGGCUCACUUGGAAAGGUUCUGGACAGUCACCGAUGGCCAUCCAACCUUGGUGAAUUCCCCGCUGAAAGAAUGUCCUUCUUACAAAACGAAAGCUGUCCCUAUCCUGCUGCACGGGGACGGGGUUCCAAUCGUCGGAAUUGGAAAGGGAUGGUCCAAGAUUACUUUUGUGAUCUCCCGAGCUCAAGCCAUGGACGUGCUUUGCGACCGCGAUGAGUCCCCGUGGCACAAUUUUUACAAUGGCUGUCCACAGCAACGAAAGGAGGACCACAUGCAAGGGUUCCACGAACGCUCUCGCUUUCAGUGGGGAAGUUGGGAGAUCAAGACAAUGAAUGGCCUUGUGGUUCCUCGAUGGGAUCUUUGGAUGUCCAACCGUGGCAAAGCUCGAGACUUUUUCGAAAGUUGGCUACAUGUGCAGAUGCGAGACUCUCCAGGCUGCGACCUCACCUACCAAGUAUUGGUCUUCUUGGACCGGCUCUUCAUGGCAGGCUUGAAGCUACAUGGUGAAGACCACCGAGAUGUCUUUACAAAUCCUGAAGACUUCUUGGAGCGAAUGCUGCGACAUGAAGGGUACCAUGUCGAAGAUCAGAAAAUAUGGCUUGUUGACGAGAGCAGCGGCUGGUGGGAGGAGAAAAAGCCAUGUGGUGUAAAUUUGAAGGAAGCGUUUGACUUGUUGCACGAUGUGAACCUAAAAGACAUCAUGCAGCAGUGGGUUGAACCCAGUGCUCCUUCUUUGCAAUGGCAAUAA